CUGCUCAGAGCUGCUGCGGCCUCUACUCUGACUAGUGCUGUGGCUAACAAGAACAGGGGGCGAGGCCUUGAUCGUGCUAGGCAUCCUGCAUCACUGUUGCACUAGAUCUACCCGCGUCGAUAUGGUUUCGGCGACUCAGCUGGCGCAAAGCGCAGGCAAGCUCAUGGAAGCCAACGUACCGUAGACGAUUGAGGCUCACUUCGCCGGCGUUCUUUCAGUUGCGGAUCGACUCCAACUCGUGCUAUGUGAAGGUACAUACUCAUUUUCAAAUGCGUUGUGGGGUGUGCUAAUUACUAAGAUACUACUACUUGUUGUAUAUUGAUGUAGACGUUUAGCUGGUGGCAAGCGGAUUUAUUCAGCAUGAAAAGAAACUGGUAAUAGACUGCAUUGGUGCUGAUUGGCGGUGCAUGCAGUUCGGAUUGGUGCUGUUUGGGUCCACAUCCACGCUUUCGUUUGUUGCAGCUUGCGCACGCUGGGCCUGUUGGCCGUGCACUGUUGAGCGUUUGACUGUGUACAAAUGCAGGUGGUACAGGUGCUGGGUUUGAAGAUACACUCCCGGAUACCGGUGCUGCUGUUGGCACGCUGUUGCCUUCUGCUGCCUGUAGCACUGCGCGCCGUUUACGCUCUGCAUUGAGUCGACAACGAAGUUUGUUCAAAUCCAAGCAAGGUUUUCGACAAAAUCUUGUUGACUCAGCUCAUUACGUCCAUGCCUUGAAGCAAACAGCAGCUUCUGAAUAUCGGUCUGUGUUGUGUCAUCUCGCAGCAAGGUUCCUUCUGCUCGCUCUGCUUGAAGUGGGAUCAUGUCGUAAAGUGCUUCCCAUGGGCGGUGAACAGGAGCCUCCCCGCCACCGGGUCUAUACUUGUGCCGCAAGCUAACCGGGCCUGGACGAGUUGCUAGCAGUACGUUGACGUACUCUAGCUGAGGCGAAUCAGGAACAAUGCCACGGCAUAAGACAGCACUGCGACUCAGUGUUAUGAAGUCAACCGCAUUAAAUUCAGGAUUCCGCCUAAACUUGGCUCCGACCUUGACAUUAUGCUAGUAUCACAACCAUAAUGAAAGGGUUAACAUACCGUCCAGUAAAAAAAUCUCCUGCAAGAAAACUAACCUGUAACAGGAAGAUAUCCAGGAUACGCAGCCCAACCUCGAUCGAAAGCACCCGAUCCAGAAGUUUUCUCAACUUUGAAUGAAUCGCUUCAAGUUGACUUAUAGACACCACUCGCACCGUACUGCCACCUUCACUGUAGUCACUCUCUUCAACAAAAAGGUCUCCUUGCCUAAUCUGCUCGAGAUUGCUGUUGACACAGCCCUCCCAUUCGCUGGUAGAUACACGAAUACUUGAUGUUGGCACUCUAGAGGCAGCUUCCGCAAAUUUUUUUGCUGUUGCACUUGGCGAUCGAAUUUUUCUUUCUACGUCGUAGAUGCUGCCGAAAGUCGCUUCGCGAGCCAGCCUCGCUGAGCUUGAUCAGAAUUUUUUUCCGUGAGCCUCUGAAUGACGUGAAAAGGGUCCUGUUUCACCGCGACCGAAUCUCCAAAGAGUUUUUUAUAAGGCUGCGCAUCCCAUUAGCGUGGUCACACACACAGAACCGCUUCUCUGCCGGAUGGACCGCUAGCUUAUCGGCAACACACUGUAAAAUAGCUUCUGUUUCUUCGUGGUUCUCGGAACGCGUUAGACCUCUUGUAACUACUUGACCUAUUUCGUUCUGUACAAGAAGCAACAUACGCACACUUGAAGCUUGCUCUUUGCUUCCGUCAGAUCCGAAAACUUUCAACUUGCUACAGAAUUUUUGAGAGUGAUCUACUCUGAUAACCUUUUCGCAUUGUGAGCCGGCCAUUUGGCCUUCGAGUAACCUACUACACACUUCCGUUUGUGAGAGCCAUACCUUUUGCAGCGCCUCGCUGUCUAGACAAAGUUGGUUAGUCAUGUACUGCUCGACCGAUUGCAAGAGUGGUGGUGCAUAAGCAGUAUCCGCAGCUUUUCGUUUCUCAAUCUCGCAACCUGCACGAGCCAACAAAGCAUAAUAGCGCUUCUGACGGCGCCGCGUUACAUUGUCUGUAGCCCCCGCCAGUCCCUUGGUUGUAAGCAUGCUGUCAUACACUAGAUCAAAUAAAUCUAACGAGAUUGCGGUCUGGUAAGUCAACAAAUACGGGAAUGCAAGGAAUACCGCUUUCGAUGAAGAAAGGUAAGCAUCAUCAAUUUUAAAGAACGAUCGUCCUGUAGAGCACUUGUACCUUGCAUAAUACAAAAUGGUUUUGUGUUCGACAUCAUGGACAGUUCGCUGCAGAUAUUCCUUUACCUUCGGCGUGCACUUACAUCCUUCUGUGGUACAAACAGGAGAUCGACCUGCAUUCAACACCUCUGGAACCCACGUGAUCGUAGGCAGGUUGAACCAAGCCGAUAGCAUUGCGUUCCUCUGCUUUUCGGGGUACGCUAUUGCAGGAGGAAAGCUCUUCGUUGCGAUCGCAUCUCGUAUUACAGCACGAGCCGCACUCGCUGCCAUCUUUUUUUCACUACCAGCAGUAGCACCUUUUCUUAGAUCUAUUCCUAGCUGGCGGCUGGUGGCGGGCGGCGGGGCCGCCCUUCGGGUGGCGGCGGCUGGCGGGCCUUGCGCCCCCAUCGCCACGGUCGCGCUGCUGUUCAUGGGCUUCGCCAAUGUCUGCUCUUGCGUCGCUAUCUCCCGUGUGUGUCUCGCGGCCCCCAAGACCGCCAAGACCUACGGCGACGUCGGCGAGUGGUGCUGCGGCAAGAUCGGACGCUACCUCGUGCUGCUCGCGCAGUUCGGCGUGUGCCUCCUCGUGCCCUGCGCGUACCUCGUGCUCGGCGGAACCCUGCUCGACGGUAUCUCCCCCGGCGCCUUCGACCAGCAAUACUGGAGCAUCAUCAUGGCUGCGAUGCUGCUUCCUGUGAUCGUCACCCCGACCCUGAAGGAGGGAGCAUACGCCACCUUCGCCGGCUGCAUGGGCACGGUGCUGGCCGAUGCCAUUGCCAUCGCCGUGCUCGCCGUGGGCAUUGGCAACGACCACCCGUCCGUCCCCACCCCCGACAUCAAGUUCAGCGAGGCCGCGUCGUCGUUCGGCAACCUGGCUCUGGCCUACUCCGCCGCCGUGCUGGUGCCCGCUCUGCAGCGUGAGCACUCGCAGCCCGAGCGCAUGCCCCGCGUGGUCGCCUGCACCAUGAUCUUCGCUGCCUGCUGCUUCCUCAUCAUCGGCGAGACGUCGUACUCGUACGUCGGCUGCCAGAUCCCCGUCAACCUCCUGUUCGCCAUCAACGGAACUGCGCUCAACCUGAGCGCAAACCGCGGUGCUGUCGUGCUUGCCUACAUGUUCAUGCAGCUGCACAUCACCAUCGCCAUGUCCGUGAUCCUGAACCUCGUGCUGUACAUUCUCGAGCGUGGAGUGCUGGGCAUGCACAAGCGUCCGCUCCUCCCCGUUGCGGACGAAGAAUCCCCCGCCUUUGAGGUGAUCAACACCCCUCAGAGCCGGAAGGAAGGCACGCCCAACGUUACUGGCCGUCCCUCGGUGACUUCCAUGGCCGACACUGAGUUUGACCUGUCCCCGGAGGCUCUGCUCCACGAGUACCACAACAGCGGACCCGUAGUGAUCAUGAAGUACGUGACGCUGCGCAUCUGCGUUGUGGUGAUUCUGCUCAUCCUGGCCAUCAUUUUCAAGGACCACUUCAUGGACUUCUCGGACUUCGUCGGAGCCUGGGCUGUGUCUCUCGCGUGUAUGAUCCUGCCCAUCGUCUUCUACCUCAAGGUGUUCUGGAACCGCAUUCCGUGGUACGAGAAGGCUAUCGGCUCGUUCACCAUCGUCAUCUGCACUGGCCUGGGCGGCUACGUGACGUACACGACCGGCCACGACCUGUCAUCGUCAGUGACAAGACGUUCCCGUACUGCCCCGAAGAGUACUCGGAGGUUGUCUACACCAACACCAGCUACUACGGCAACAACUAGGCGCCCACGGCUAGUAUCCACGCUGCAACUGAAGGGGGGUAUGCUGUUGUGCACUUCAGUACUAGCACAGCACCGCACCCCCUCGUUGGUAGCAAAACUGUCCGCGACCGUCAAGUUAUCGCCGUUUAAGUUGCAGCAAACCCCAUAGCUCGUAGGUAAAUAAAUGGAAUGAUCUAUUGCAACCAACGCGUGUCAUCGCUCCUUUCGUAAGCUCGCAACAACCUCCAAAUGCUGGUGAUCGUGCUAAUAGGAAAAAAAAGCUGAGCCGGGUUGAAGAGGGCAAUGUUGAAGUGCUGGAUGUUGCUCACCUACACCACAGCGCCACAAAGCUUUUGGGCGAUGCUGGUAAGGAUCU